CGGCGUCCCCCGAGACCUCCUCCCGGAUUCCGCGCCCCCGGGACCAUGGCCGCGCUGGCGGGUGAAGAUGCCUGGAGGUGUCGGGGCUGUGGGGACCAUGUUGCUCCAAGCCAGAGGUUGUACCGGACUGUCAAUGAAGCCUGGCACAGCUCUUGCUUCCGGUGUUCGGAAUGCCAAGAUUCCCUGACCAACUGGUACUAUGAGAAGGAUGGGAAGCUCUACUGCCACAAGGACUACUGGGGGAAGUUUGGGGAGUUUUGCCAUGGGUGCUCCCUGCUAAUGACAGGGCCUGUCAUGGUGGCCGGGGAGUUCAAGUACCACCCAGAGUGCUUUGCCUGUAUGAGCUGCAAAGUGAUCAUUGAGGAUGGGGAUGCAUAUGCCCUGGUGCAGCACGCUACCCUCUACUGUGGGAAGUGUCACAAUGAGGUGGUGCUGGCACCCAUGUUUGAGAGGCUCUCCACGGAGUCCGUUCAGGACCAACUGCCCUACUCCGUCACACUCAUCUCCAUGCCAGCCACCACUGAGGGCAGGCGGGGCUUCUCUGUGUCUGUGGAGAGUGCCUGCUCCAACUACGCCACCACUGUGCAAGUAAAAGAGGUCCACCGGAUGCACAUCAGUCCCAACAACCGCAAUGCCAUCCACCCCGGGGAUCGCAUCCUGGAGAUUAAUGGGACCCCUGUCCGCACACUUCGAGUGGAGGAGGUGGAGGAUGCAAUUAGCCAGACAAGCCAGACACUUCAGCUGUUAAUUGAACAUGACCCCGUCUCCCAGCGCCUGGACCAGCUGCGACUGGAUGCCCGGCUCUCUCCCCACAUACAGAAUGCUGGACACUCCCAGACCCUCAGCACUCUGGACACCAAGGAAAAUCUGGAGGGGACACUGAGGAGACGCUCCCUGAGGCGCAGUAACAGUAUCUCCAAGUCCCCUGGCCCCAGCUCCCCAAAGGAGCCUCUACUGCUCAGCCGUGACAUUAGCCGGUCGGAAUCCCUCCGCUGUUCCAGCAGCUACUCACAGCAGAUCUUCCGGCCAUGUGACCUGACCCAUGGGGAGGUCCUCGGGAAGGGCUUCUUUGGGCAGGCCAUCAAGGUGACACACAAAGCCACAGGGAAAGUAAUGGUCAUGAAGGAGUUAAUUCGAUGUGAUGAGGAGACACAGAAGACUUUUCUGACUGAGGUGAAAGUGAUGCGUAGCCUGGACCACCCCAAUGUGCUCAAGUUCAUUGGUGUGCUCUACAAGGACAAGAAGCUGAACCUACUGACAGAGUACAUUGAGGGGGGUACACUGAAGGACUUUCUGCGCAGUGUGGACCCGUGCCCUUGGCAGCAGAAGGUCAGGUUUGCUAAAGGCAUCGCCUCUGGAAUGGCCUAUUUGCACUCCAUGUGCAUCAUCCACCGGGAUCUGAACUCGCACAACUGCCUCAUCAAGUUG